AUGCAAGUUGUCUGUGUGGGACUGCUCCUUUUCAGUGUGACCUGGGCGGCACCAGAAGAAAAAAACAAAGACAAUAUUGCUCUUCAUUUUGACAAGAGAAGUCAAGAAUCAUCCAAAGAAAACAUCGUCCAGGAAAGAGAAGAAGAUUUGCCCCUUUUUGAAGUCAAUGAAAAUAACCAAAGCAGUAAAUCCCCCAAUUUUUUUGCAAAUAGACAGACACUGAAUAAAGGCUAUAGUAUCAAUGACAGAAAGAAUGCCUACGAUGACCUAAAGAUGUCCCUUUAUACUGAAUCCACUGAGAACAAAAGGGUUGAGGGUAGAGAUGAUGCUAUCAGCAGACUACAUGACCAAGAAGAAUAUGGCGCAGCUCUCAUCAGAAACAACAUGCUACACGUAAUGAGGCCAGCGGCUGUGGUUAAAGUCUCGGGGGAAGAAAAUAAAAAGAACAAACCGAGACAUGUUCUGAGCAAAGUUCCAGCAGGUGUGAAGUUCGAUAAAGCCCACUCAAAAGAUAAAAAGACUCAUCAAAGAGAUCCCCAGGUCCGGAAUACUCCAGUAAAAAACAAAAGCACCCAUCAAAUCCAACACAACGCUGACUAUCGAAAACAGCUCCUCAAAGUCAAAAAAAUCCCCAGUGAUUUUGAAGGCAGUGGUUACACAGAUAUUCAAGAGAGAAAAGACAAUGAUAUCUCUCCUUUCAGUGGGGAUGGACAACCUUUUAAGGUCAUUCCUGGCAAAGAAGGAGCUAUUGGUUCUGACCCAGAAGGUACAGAUAUUCAGACAGGGUUUUCAGGCCCAAGUGAAGCUGAGACUAUCAAUCCUGACACAAGAGGGCCAGGUUAUAAUGAGAUCCCAGAGAGAGAAGAAAGUGGUGGAAAUACUAUUGGAACCAGGGAAGAAACAGUGAAAGAAGCAGAUGCUGUUGACGUUAGCCUGGUGGAGGGCGGCAAUGACAUCACAGGCAGUACUAAUUUUAAGGAACUCCCUGGCAAAGAAGGAAACAGAGUGGAUGCCGGCAGCCAAAAUGCUCACCAAGGGAAAGUAGAGUUUCACUACCCUCCGGCACCUUCAAAAGAGAAAAGAAAAGAAGGCAGCAGAGAUGCAACUGAAAGUACCAAUUAUAAUGAAAUUCCAAAAAAUGGCAAAGGUGGUGCUAGAAAAGGUACACAACACUCUGAUAGGAAUCAAGUGACCUUGAAUGAAAAACAAAGAUUUUCUAGUAAGGGCAAAAGUCAGGGUCUGGUCAUUCCUUCUCAUGAUCUGGAUAAUGAAAUUAAAAAUGAAGUAGGUUCCCAUAAUGGCCCCAAUAAUAACAGGAAUAUAAUAACACACAGCAGAGAAAAUCACUACGUACCCCACAGACAAAAUAACUCUGUACGAAAUAAGGGUAUGCCACGAAGGAAAGGCCCCUGGGGUUAUAGAAAAACCCAUUCCAACAGGAGUUUUGGCCCCUCUGAAAAGGACGACAGUAGUGACUCAUCCGACAGUGGCAGUUCCAGUGAGAGUGAUGGUGACUAG